UGACCUCUCACCGUGUCCCUUUCAGGGUGCCAUCACCGCAGCUGCAAAGCUGUUCCCGAUGCCGAGCUCCCAAAGGAUCUGCCCGCACUCCUGAUGUCUCGGGAGCAAGGUGCUGUUUAUUCCACACAGAGAGGUGCCAGCUGUGAGCAGGAGGAGAGUGAACUCUGCACCAUUCAUCAGGUGGUGAAUGAACCUCUGGAGAUCAGAUCAGCAACAAGAAAUACACUCAGAAGAUUCCUGGGUGAACGGUUCAGGUGCCAUCCCGUGGGCACGGCGGUGCUGAUUCUGCUGCUCCUGGUGCUGGUGCUGGCUUUGGGGGCGGCCUUGGCUGUGCAGUCAGCAGCACAGGUUCCAGUUACACCUGCAACCUCACAGUGUGUUCUGGGCUGUCCCUUUGAGUGGGUUGGGCACAAGGGGAUCUGCUACUACUUCUCACGGGAUUACAGCACGUGGGAGCAGGGUCAGGAACGGUGCUCCGAGCUCAAUGCCUCCCUGGCCAUUGCCCAGGAUGGGGAGGCCAUGGAUUUGCUCUUCCGCCUCCGCGGGAACGGCGGUUUCUGGCUUGGGCUGCGCAGACGGGGCGAGCGCCUGCACUGGGGGGACGGCAGCAGCUACAGCUCCCGGGUUCCUGUGUUUGGCAGUUCCCAGUGUGUGUACCUGUCUGACGAGAGAUUUAAGAGUGAGAACUGCUCCAGUGAGCGGCCGUAUGUCUGCAGCAAGGCCCAAGCUCCCCUGUAA